AAUAUCUUCUCUAAUGGUUUCCUUUGCUGUGCAAAAGCUUUUUAUGUUGGUGUCGUCCCAAUAGUUUAAUUUUGCUUUUGUUUCCUUGCCAGAGGAGAAAUAGCUGGAAAAAUGUUCCUAUGGCUGAUGUCAAAGUGAUUACCGCCUAUGUUUUCUUCUGAGAAUUUUAUGGUUUCAGAUCUCACAUUCUCACAGUUAGGUCCUUAAUCCUUUUUGAAUUUAUUUUCGUGUAGGGUGUAAGAAAGCGGCCCAGUUUCAUUCUUUUGCACUAGCUGUGCAGUUUUCCCAACAGCAUUUAUUGAAGGGACGGUCUUUUCCCCGUUGUAUAUUCUUGCCUCCUUUGUCAUAGAAUAAUUGGCCAUAGAGGUGUGAGCUUAUUUCUGGGUUCUCUGUUCUGUUCCAUUGAUCUGCGUGUCUAUUUUUGUGCCAGUACCAUCCUGUUUUGAUUACCGCAGCUUUGUACUGUAUCUUGAAAUCUGGGAGUGUGGUACCUCUAGCUUUGGUCUUCUUUCUGAAGAUUGCCUUGGCUGGCCCUGGUUUUUGAAAACACACAUUUAUCUGAUCUUGUUAGGUGCCAGGGACUGUUCUAAGAGCUUUGCCAGUAUUACCUCAUUCAAUCUUCACAAGAGCCUUGUCAGGUACUCUUACUUGCUUUAUUUUACAGUUAUGGGGAAAACCAAGGCAUAGAGAGGUCAGGAAAUGUGCCCAGGGGUGUAUAGCUGGUGAGUGGAAGAACUGGAAUUCGAACCCAGGUAGUCUCAGCAUUGUGUUCUGCUCCCACAAUCACAGCUUUCUGUGUGCUUCUUGGGUUGUCACCCUCCCCUUCUGGAGGCUGAGCUGUCCCAGCAUCCGUUUUGCUUGGCGAAGUCAGGUGAAUGAGCCAAUGCUGAGAAAGGAGGAAAUUGCCUAUCAUCCACCCCCCCUUAGACACUAAUUAUGACAAUUUUGAAAGGUCGUAGAUCUUCACACGAUGGGUAGGAACCGCUCCUGCCAGUUCCACUGUCGUCUUUGUUGAGGGCAGAAAGGCCAGCUGUGCCAACACACCCGGGGCAAAGGGCUGGUGAGGUGCUUCGUGCCAGGGCCUGGCUCUUGCUCGGCUGCUUCUAGCUCGCCCUCUUGCCUUUGCCCUUGCUCACUCCCUUGCUGUCUCUCCGAACCUCCUUAUCUCUGUCUGCCUGUCUCAUCGCUUCGCUUUGUUCCUGUCUCUGCCUCCAGACCCUCCCCAAACCUAUUGGGGUUUGAGGACAUGAAACAGAAAUUUUAUUUUAUAAACACUAUUAGGCAGCGUAAAAGAAACAUUAGCACCACUGGCAAAAAAAAAAAAAAAAAAAAAAAAAGAAGAAUGUAUGGAAGGUGGUUACUUAGGGAUCCUAAAAAGUGGGAUAAGGUUGAGGUAUAUUGUAAUAUUCCGUUGUGAAGUCAGAAGCUGCUGGAAUCCCAGGCCCUGUCAGGUCCCUGCGUUGGCUGCCCCUUGCAGUAGUGAUGCCAAGGGGCUGGCUUGGGGGUUUAGAUGCCCCUAAAUUUCCACCAGUUCCAAACAAACAUGAAAUACUACCCCAAAGGGUGUGUUUGCUAUGAAAACAUAACUGCACGAUGAAUGCCAAGACCCCAUUUCCACCCACUGCCCCCAAACCCCCACCAGGUGCAAAUUAAGAAGCUUCUUAAUCCCAAAGAGGGAUCCAUCAGCUCUCUGUUUUGUUCAUUAUCUUCCCUUGAGCCUUUAUAACAAGUGGGGCUGGAAGGCUCAGUUUGCUCAUUCAUUUAUUCUUGGUCCCUCGUACAUGUUGAUGGUUAUUUAACAUAUAUUCAAUGACAAAACCAAACAGUAGAGGGGACCUGGGAAGCGGACUCCCUCUCCAAAGGAAUUUCAGAGGGGAGCUGAAGAAACAGGCUGUAUGGAUGAAAAAUUAAAUGUCAGUGCAGGGCUUAACCGACACCACGUUGGCAACAGCACCAGAGGUGCGGUGAUGUGUCAAAGGCACCUGGGACAAAUAUCAAGAACUGGGUCCACAGGCGGGAGGGAGUCCUCUGGCUGGAGGGCUGAAGUCAGGCCUCAUGGAAGGGUGGCCUUGCUCUGAGACCAGAGGUGAGUAGGAGAUGGACAGGACAGGCAAGGGCAUGGUCGGUAAAGGAGUGGCCUGGGGUUUGACCAGCAGAACCAGAAGCACAGCCUGGGACUCCGGUGAAUGGCCUAGGUGGCACGUCUGACUAAUGCAUCCAGGACAGGUGGAGAGGGUGAUGCUGACUAUCAGGGCUGCCCACAAACCUAAAAAGAAAUACCUGGAAACCCUACUGUGGUACACAACACACAAAUCAAUGUGAAAGAAAACCACGCAUGGAGCCGCUCUAAAACUCAUUCAUGAAGAGGGAACUACAGACUGAGGUGGUUCACAGGGGACCAGGUGUGGGUGACUGUCCUGGGUCUCUAUCCUGGGUCACUUCCAGGCCACGGUGGGACGGAGGCUGGAGGUCUAGCAUCUUCAGGUGCCAGGGGUCCCCCUGGGAGGCGACUCUAGGCCUUACCUGUCCUGGGCCAGCUGCAGGGCCCCUCCAGUUUUGGCCUUGUGCUGAAGUGACGCAACCCUGGCUUCACAGAGGACAAGGAUGGUGGGUGAGCCGGCCUCGGCAUAUGUCCCCUUUGGUAGUUCCCCAGGCCCGUCUCUCCCAUAGCCUGCUGGUCCUGACCCCUCACCACCUUGGUAGCCCCACAGUCCGAUGCCAAGCCUUCUCUGUCCUCCAGCCCACAAGAAGCCAAUAGGUUCUAAGAGCAGUUUUCCAGCUGGGCCUGAAUCCUGCCAGUCCAGUGACAGCACAGCACCAGGCAUACUAGUGAGUGCUCAGUAAAUAUUUGCUCAUGCAACUCCCAUUCCCCACAUGGCUGAUGGCCUGGCUGCCUCCUGGAUCCUUGCCCAUGUGCCUUCACCCUCCACAGCUGCACCCUGUCCCCACUUCCUGAUCAGAGGAGGCAUCUCUGUUGGUGUUCUCAUCACGGGAAUAUCACUUCCCCAUGCACCUGUCACCACCCCCUCCGGGCCCCAAGUGUCCAGGACCCAGCCUCCUGGGACUCCUUUUAACCAAGGGUGGAAAGCCCAUGUGAAAACCUAACUGGGGGAAAACCUGGAAAGCAGAGCAGCAGAGCUUUCUGUCCAGACCAGGCCAGCUGCUGUCUGAAAUACCAUUUGUAUGUUAAUUUUAAAAAAAGAUUUUAUUUAUUUGGCAGGGAGAGAGAGCAAGAGAGCCCAAGCAGGAGGAGCGGCAGAGGGAGAGGGAGAAGUAGGCUCCCCACUGAGCAGGAGCCCGACAUAGGACUCGAUCCCAGGACCCUGGGGUCAUGACCUGAGCCGAAGGCAGAUACUUAACUGACUGAACCACGCAGGCGCCCCCGAAAUAGCAUUUAAUGCGUGUAUCUCUGUAUACAUCAAUGUGCAUCUAAUUGACCUUGAGGCAUCUUUGCACAAGUGCACAGAUGUGUGUUCCUACGUUGGCUAGCUGGAUUUUUUCCUACUGUCCUAACGACUUUUCUCCAUGUCAGCACGUCUUGGCUUACACGGUCCUGGGGUUUGGGAGUCAGAUCUGGGGAGCAGGGAUGAGCAGCCCUGAGAGGCACAGAGGCACGCGAGCGGAGGCAGGACAGCCUCUUAGGGCUGUGCAGGGCUUGCAACUUCCUAAGAGAUGUGGAGCCAGGUGACCACUGGGGUCCCUUCAAUUCCACGUGGUCUGAGCCCAGACCACUUUGUGUCGGACCCCAGACGUGAUGAAGCGGUUGUUGAUGUGUUUUGUGGGCCGACAUGGCAUCAGUGCCCAUUAGGGUGGCAUCUGGUUGGAGGCCCUGCUGCAUAACUUACUGAGGUGCUCCUGGCUGUACCUCCCAACCUUUCUGUGCCUCAGUUUCCUCCUCUGCGAAUGAGGCUAACAAUAGUACUGUUAAGGGUUGUAGUGAGAGUGGAGGAGAGGGUGCAUGGGAGGCUCGUGGAGUGUGAUACGCCGGCACAUGCUCCAUCGGUGUUGGUGGUUGUCCUUAAAGUUGGAAUUGUGGUUCUUGUUGGAGGACCCAGGUCUUUCAGAUGCGCCCUCUGGCUCAAUGGAGUCAGUCUCAACCGUCCCCCUACUGACCUAAAAUUCCCCUAUUGGGAGGGGGCACCCCUGCCCUGGAAGCUCUACCCCACAGGCAGCUCAGCUGGACAGGGGGCUGCCCUGGCCGGACUCCACACAUCCGGCCUCAGCCAAGGGCCCUUGGAAGGCACCGUCCACCCCAAAAUUCUGAGGCAUUGUUCUCCUGGCCCAGCCGGAGACAGUCUCCUUUAUUCCCUAAACUAACCAGAGUCCGAGAUCCCCAUGGGUGCCACCAGCCCCCAGGGGCUGCGGGCUCCUGCCAGCAGUGGCUGCAGCCUGUUCUCCUGCCCCAGCAGCCAAGCAGCCUUUCUGCUCCCACUUCUUCAACCAGCCACCCUCCUCCAUGGAAGGUCCCAGCUGACGUGUCACCUUGCAAGGUGGCUUGCCGCAGCUGUCCUCUGCACCCCGGAGCUCCACAUGUGGUCUCAUCCCCACACAGCGAGGCUGGGGGAUUCUCCUCAAGCAACCUUGGUGGCUCACCCUGGGCGUGGAGGGGGAAACCCCAAAAUGAACCUGGGAGGGAUUGUCAGGUCCAACCCCAUCAUUCCAGAGAUGAGGAAACGGAGCUCAGUAUCCCACAUUUCAAGCACUCCAGCCGAGGAGGACACGCUCCCCUACUUCACUCCUGGAAAAAAGUCACUAUAGACUCAAUGGUUUAUCAAUUUUGCCUUUUUAUGUGAGAGUUCUCUUUUACUGAAGUCUGAAUGUCCACGCAGUGCUCUUUCUGGAAAGGGCAUUUCACUUAGCAGAUUUUACCUUUCUAGGAGGGGAAACUUGGCAGCCCCAUGUUGCUGUGCUUCUGCUCUUGGCCCUGGGGAGGAAGGAGUGUCGAGAAGGGGAGGGUCCUCGGGAAGAUGAGUGUAAGUAGGGGAUGAAAGGAGUGGGCUCCUGGACCCCAGGAGAGGAAGGGUGCGUCCUCUGGCUGCCUCUAGGGCUCUUGCCCACCGCUGGCCUCGUAAAAUUGGAACCUGUGAGAACCUGAAACCUGUAACCCCUGAGAUGCUGACUCAGCAAGAAAUAGAGACCAUUUGCAGCUAUUUCUGGGGUGAUUUAGCUACAGGUGGUCUGAUGCUAAUAAGAGGGGCCCUCAUUUCUGACCCACAUGUCCUAUGUCUCUCCUUGCACUGACCUCAACGCGGGCCUGAGCUCUUAACUGCUUGUCAGGUUUAUAAUGAUCCCCUUAUUAAGUUCCUCAGAUUAAGCACCGGGAACUCAAAGAUGAAGCCAGCCUGCAGCUGCUUGGAAGGUCAGGACAGUGGCUGGCAGGUCGGUGGGUGUUUGGAGGACAUCACCCAAAGACAAGCCCAUUGGCGCUCACACUUUGGCCGGAGAGCCCCGUCUCCCCAACUAGGCCCAUCUUGAGGUGCCAGCUUGCAUGACCUAUUUUCUGGCUACGAACAGCUCGUAUUACCUGUUCUAAACAUCUGGAAUUACCUGCCUGCUUAGUCACCUUCCCUCUGGCUUCCAACACCUGUAGGGCUCCACCCCCUCUCCACCUCUUAUCCAUCCGGGGUCCCUCCCUCCCCUUUUUCUUCCUGAAGGAUCUGGAGGUUCCAGAUCCACAAGUUCUGAUGUCUUUAAAAGGAUCAGCCUGGGAAAUAAGGCUCAUUUGAGAGCUGUGACAUUCACCUGACUCUAGUGAAAGUCCCAGAGCCAAUCCACUUGGGGCUUCCAACCGGGCACCAUGAGGGCCUGUGUGCCCCUGAUCGUGGCCGCGCUCUGCAGCCUGGCCUGGGCUGGAAACUUGGAGUCAUGCGCAUCUCGCUGUAAUGAGAAAUUCAACCGGGACGCUGCCUGCCAGUGUGACCGCCGGUGUCACCGGCAUGGGGACUGCUGUGAGGACUAUGAGCACCUGUGCAGUGUGGAAGAAGAUCCCAAGGAGCCCGAGCCAUUCCUGGAGCUGGAGGAAGAGAUGUUGGAGGCCCCCCCUGGCCACUUGUACUCGGCACCCAGCUCCUGCCAGGCCCGCUGCCACGAGGCCUUCGACAGGCACCAGCCCUGCCACUGCGAUGCCCGCUGCCCAGAGUUUGGGAACUGCUGCCAGGACUUCGAGGGCCUCUGUGGCCACCACGAGGGCUUCUCCUACAGCAGUGAUGCCAUAACCAAGGAGGAGCUCCAGAGCAUCUCUGAGAAGAUCUACAGGGCGGACGUCAACAAAGCCCAGAAGCAGGACAUCAUUCUCAACAGCCAAAACCGCAUCUCGCCCUCGGAGGCCAGAGACCAAGUGGACCGCUGCCCGGAACCGCUCUUCACGUACGUCAACGAGAAGCUGUUUUCCAAGCCGACCUACGCGGCCUUCAUCAACCUCCUCAACAACUACGAGCGGGCCACGGGCCGCGGGGAGCACUUGGGCGCGCAGCAGCUGGCGGAGCAGGACGCCUUCCUCGGGGCGGUCAUGGGCACCGCGGUCCUCAAGGAACUGGACGGCUUCCUCCGCCAGCAGAAUCGCUAUAGCUCAGAACAGGAGUUUGUCAAUGAUUUGAAGAACAUGUGGUUUGGGCUCUAUUCAAGAGGCAAUGAAGAGAAGGACUCAAGUGGCUUUGAACACGUCUUCUCAGGUGAAAUCAAAAAAGGCAAAGUCACCGGCUUCCAUAACUGGAUCCGCUUCUACAUGCAGGAGAAGGAGGGCCUGGUUGACUAUUACAGUCACAUCUACGACGGCCCUUGGGAUUCAUACCCCGACGUGCUUGCCAUGCAGUUCAACUGGGAUGGCUACUAUAAGGAAGUGGGCUCAGCUUUCAUUGGCAGCAGCCCCGAGUUUGAAUUUGCGCUCUACUCCCUGUGCUUCAUUGCCAGGCCAGGCAAACUGUGCCAGUUAAGCCUGGGUGGAUAUCCCUUGGCCAUCCAGACCUAUCCCUGGGACAAGUCCACCUAUGGAAAUGGCAAGAAAUACAUCGCCACUGCCUAUGUGGUAUCUUCUACCCAAUAGAGCUUGGAGCCAGCUAGGGGCAUGACGGCAGCGAAAGUUCUUGCAGGACUCAGGUGCUAUCUGCUCUGGGCUGGAGGGGGAUGGAGGAGACUGGGAGGCAUUCCUAAGUUUAGAAAUGCCUUUAGAAAUGAGAGAAAAGACACACACAAAAAAGAAAAAUACAGAGAAACACUCAAAUCUUUGUGCUCCAGCAUUUUGAAAAUAGAGUCUACACAGAGAAGAUGGGAGCCUUCUGUAGCCCUUUGCCCGGAUGAGAAGUGAAACCAUAGACGAGUCCUCAUAUUUCCUUUUAAUGUAAAGGGAAGUGGUGGGCUCUCUUUCCUCUUUUUUGGAGUUGGUGAGAGGGCAAACCUGAUGAUAUCGUUACUGUGAAGGUGUUUUCAAUUGUUCUUAAGAAGAACAGCAGAUAAAAAUUCAAGGUUACUAUAAUGGCUGUUAUCAUACACAGCUCUGCAAACUGCAAUUCAGCCCUAUGUUGGGGCCUCAAAGAACUUCGGUCAUGGAAAUCAAGCAGUGGGUAUUUGGUGUUUUCUAGGGUUAUAUCCUCUCAGAACAGGGUCUGGGAAAAUUCUCAUGCUUGAUGGAGAGGAUAAUGGGUUGACACAGUGAGUGAACUUGGGAGGGAGUGAACUUCUCCAGGCCUGAGUGUUGUUGCAGCCAGCCCAAUGACUGCAUCAAGAAGCUUCCUACUUGUAGAUGUUUAGUGCAGGUACAGAGGUAUAUUUUGAUCCCACAUAUUUUGUGAAAGAGUUCCCCAAAUAGGAGGAACAUUUUGCAUCAGAAGGAAGGAACUUACAGCUUGGUGACGUUAACAAUUACUUUAAGGCUUACCCAGAAGCCAUAAUUUGCUGGAAUUACUUUGGAGUUAAAGACCAGGGAGAGUGGGGUUCCCUGUUCCAACCUCAAUUAUGCAUUUCUCCUCCCCUGACCUCAGGGAGAACUAGAUGCUGUCCCACAGAACUAGGCUGGAACUAUGGUUUACAGAGAUUGAGUCUCCAAUUAAAGUCAUUAAGAAAAGUUGAAA